GGCAGCGGCGUCGCCGUGGGCCCGGCCUUCGCGCUAGCGCCCGGGCCCGGCGGUCUCCGUAGGGCUGGGCACCGCAGCUUCUCGGUCAUGAGCUGAGCGUCUCGCUGUGGCCAGCUGCCCUGCCUUCUGUCGCCGCCGCACCCCGACUGUUGCCCCGCGCCGGGAACAUGCCCCUGGCCUCCUACUGCUACCUGCAGGUCGUGGGCAGGGGCAGCUACGGGGAGGUGACGCUCGUGAGGCACCGGCGGGACGGCAGGCAGUAUGUCAUCAAAAAACUGAACUUACGAAAUGUCUCCAGCCGAGAGCGGCGAGCUGCUGAACAAGAAGCCCAGCUCUUGUCUCAGCUGAAGCACCCCAAUAUUGUCACCUACAAGGAGUCAUGGGAGGGAGGGGAUGGUCUGCUGUACAUCGUCAUGGGAUUCUGUGAAGGAGGUGAUCUGUACCGAAAGCUCAAGGAGCAGAAAGGGCAGCUUCUGCCUGAAAAUCAGGUGGUGGAAUGGUUUGUUCAGAUCGCCAUGGCUCUGCAGUAUUUACAUGAAAAACACAUCCUUCAUCGAGAUCUGAAAACUCAAAAUGUCUUCCUAACAAGAACAAACAUCAUCAAAGUGGGUGACUUAGGAAUUGCCCGAGUGUUAGAGAACCACUGUGAUAUGGCCAGCACCCUCAUUGGCACACCCUACUACAUGAGCCCUGAAUUGUUCUCAAACAAACCCUACAACUAUAAGUCUGACGUUUGGGCCUUGGGAUGCUGUGUUUAUGAAAUGGCCACUCUGAAGCAUGCUUUCAAUGCAAAAGACAUGAAUUCUUUAGUUUAUCGGAUUAUUGAAGGAAAGCUGCCACCAAUGCCAAAAGAUUAUAGCCCAGAGCUGGCAGAACUGAUAAGAACAAUGCUGAGCAAAAGGCCUGAAGAAAGACCCUCUGUGAGGAGCAUCCUGAGGCAGCCUUAUAUAAAGCGCCAAAUCUUCUUCUUUUUGGAGGCCACAAAAGCAAAAACUUCCAAAAGUAAUAUUAAAAAUGGUGACUCUAAAAUCAAGCCUAUUUCUUCAGUGGUUUCUGGAAAGGCUGAAUCAAAUCAUGAAGUAGUCCCCCCCCGACCACUCUCUUCUGAGGGCUCCAAGACGUAUGUAAUGGGUGAAGACAAAGGUUUAUCCGAAGAGAAACACAUAGUCAUUGGCCUCUUGAAGACACCUGCAAAUCUGAAAGGCCACACCUGCAAACCAGACAUGAGCAGUACCACAGAAUCACUAGCUACAAUCAGUAGAGUGAACAUUGACAUCUUACCUGCAGAAAGGGACUUCAGUGAUGGGUUAGUUCAAGAGAAUCAUCCAAGACACUUAGAUGCCUCUAAUGAGCUAGAAGAUAAAUGCAGUAUUUCUCAAGUGAAGGAGGGGCUGCAGGAUAACACUAAGUCUAUCACUCAACCCGGAAACCUAAUUCCUACAUGGUCCUCUGACGAUGUCAUUGGGGGAAGAAACGAAAAGCCUCUGCAGCCCCUAAACAAAGACCAAAAGCCACAGGACCAGGAUCAAAUUGCCGGUGAAAAACAAGACAGAAUCCACCCAGGUUUACAGCCACACAGUUCAGGGUCUGAACCUUCCCUGUCUCGACAGCGACGGCAGAAGAAAAGAGAGCAGACUGAACACAGUGGGGAAAAGAGACAGUUCCAGGAGGCUUUACCUCAACUUUUGCCUUCUCUUCCUGCUGUUGGAAAAGCGGAUGUCAUAUCAACCCAAAAGGAUGCUGAGAACCAAAAUAGAGUGGUCACUGAGUCUGUGAGCGGUUCGAGGAGCAGUGAGAUGUCAUCAUCAAAGAAUCGUCCAUUAUCAGCAAGAGAGAGGAGGCGACUAAAGCAGUCACAGGAAGAAAUGCUCUCCUCAGGCCCUUCAGUGAGGAGAGCUUCGCUGAGUGCACCGGGGCCAGGGAAACCACAAGAGGAAGGCCAGCGCACUCCUGCUCAGUGGUUGUCUUCUGACCGAAGCUUUGCUCAGAAAAGGAAACUCACACAUUGUUUCUCUGAGGAGGAGUUAAGUUCUUCUACAAGUUCAACUGAUAAAUCAGAUGGGGAUUCCAGGGACGGGAAAGGUCAUUCAAGUGAAAUGAGUGACUUGGUACAGUUGAUGACUCAGACCCUAAAAUUGGACGGUAAAGAGAGCUGUGAGGAUCUCCCAGUACCAGAUCCAAUGUCAGAAUUUAAACUUCAUCGAAAGUAUCGGGACACACUGAUACUUCAUGGGAAAGUUGCAGAACAGGCAGAGGAGUUCCAUUUUAAAGAGCUACCUUUAGUUAUCAUUCCAGGUUCUGAAAAGAUCAGAAGAAUAGUUGAAGUCUUAAGAGCUGAUGUAGUCCGGGGCCUGGGGAUUCAGCUUUUAGAGCAGGUGUAUGAUAUUUUGGAAGAGGAGGAUGAAUUGGAGAGAGAGGUACGUUUGCAGGAGCACAUGGGUGAAAAAUAUACGACUUAUAGUGUGAAAGCUCGCCAAUUGAAAUUUUUUGAAGAAAAUGUGAAUUUUUGAGACUUUAUUCUAAUUUUCUGCCAGAACUAAAGACCUAUAUUCAAAGAUUUUUGGUUUAAACAGAAACAAACUUAUGACAAUGACUGGAGGCUAUUCACCAUCUUUAUAUCACUUUUUUUUUUUUUUGUUACUGGAAAAAAAUGGGACAAAACAAAGUAAUAUGAAGCAAGCUCACAAGAGAAAAAACCUUUGGCUAUCUUACUCUUUGUGAGGAAAUACCUGUGAUAAGACUGUUUGGUUACUGUUUACUGAGCCUUAAACCACAAACUUUAUAUCUAAAACUUUAUUUUUUUAAGGUACUAAUUGGAUUG